AUGAAGAAGCUACAUGAGGAAGAAACUCCGGAGGGAACGACACGUUUACAGUCUCCAAUUGAAGCUCUCACUCAGUGCGUUGAGGCUGGAGCCGAGGUUGCAGUAGUUGGUGUGUUCAAGUCCAAGGUCAAACGUACGGUGGCGGCACCAGAGUUUAUGGGUCGGGUGAAGGUCACGCAGCAGAUCCGCGUCCUGUACGACAACUAUACGAACUGCCCGGCAAUCUGUAAAUCCUUCGUGUUCCAGAAUCACACUAAAAAGGUCAGUAGCAACUCCAAUCUUUCGCUGUCAAUUUUUGACACGAACUUCGCAAUCUACCACUUCUUCACGUAG